UCCCGUUCUCGUUCUUCACUUUACUAUUCCGAUGACUGCAAAGGGGAAAGUGUUCCUAUGUCUCUGUCACUGUACAAAUCUAACGAUGGCAACCUUGAAAUUGACGAAGAUCGAAGUGAAGGCGAAGAUCGGAGUGAAGACGAAGACAUGGAUCCUCUAGCUGAAGAGGAUGACAACCAUGAAGUAGAUGAGCAUUUGAGUGAGGACGAAGACAAGGAUCCCCUAGCUGAACAGGUCGAGUCUUCUGGAGGUGUCAAUCCAUGAAUCCGCAUGAAUAUCGUUGAGUAUAAAAAAUUGAAACUCUGAAAGUAGAAAGUGCAAAUUAAGUGUGACUUGCGUCAGUAAAAUACCAAAAGAUAAUUUUUUAAAUUUUUUUUACAAAACUGCCUUUUUGUAUCAAAAUUCAGAGAAAGUACCUAUUUAUUGUUUCAAAAUGUUAUG